CCUGGAAAACGGCUUCUUCGACGAACAUAAGUCACCUUUUUCCUUCUCAUUCGCUCACUUAAUCCAAACAAAAAAUGGCCAUGCAUUUGGGACACCAGAUCGGAACCUUCUCCGGCAAUCAAUUUCCCACCGAAUUCUCCACCGGAGAACAACCAUCCUCGGCCACGGCUAGCACCUCCGCCGUUUGGAAAGCACCUUCCGGGAAUCUCCGAUCCAACAGCCCACAAGAAACUGUAUCCCCACCUAUGUUGACACCACCCCUGACUCCUCGCAGUGCCGGAGACUGGUCGCAUCUGAUUAAUCUCCCGACGCUGCGUCCGGAUCUUUCGGCGGCUUGUCAGGCCUACGCGACGGAGGAUCCGGGGACGGCGGAGUGGAAGGACGGAGGUAGGAAGGAGGAGAAGAAAGGAGUUCCGGUGUUCGUGAUGAUGCCGUUGGAUAGCGUGACGAAUGGGAACACGGUGAAUAGGAAGAAAGCGAUGAAUGCGAGUCUUCACGCUUUGAAAAGUGCGGGUGUGGAGGGGAUCAUGAUUGACGUUUGGUGGGGGCUAGUGGAGAGGGAGGUGCCGGGCUGUUACAAUUGGGGUGGCUACACCGAGCUACUCGACAUGGCCAACAAACACGGCCUAGGAGUCCAGGCCGUCAUGUCCUUCCACCAGUGCGGCGGCAAUGUUGGUGACUCUUGCACAAUUCCUUUGCCGAAAUGGGUAAGGGAAGAGAUGGAGAAAGAUCCAGACCUUGCAUACACAGAUCAAUGGGGAAGAAGGAAUUACGAGUACGUUUCACUCGGUUGUGAUUCCCUUCCCGUCUUGAAAGGCCGGUCGCCGGUACAAUGUUAUGCUGAUUUUAUGCGUGCUUUCAAGGACCACUUCAAACAUCUCCUUGGUCACACUAUUCUGGAAAUCCAAGUCGGAAUGGGUCCGGCCGGUGAGCUUCGGUAUCCUUCAUACCCUGAGGAGAACGGGACAUGGAAAUUUCCCGGAAUUGGUGCCUUCCAAUGUUAUGAUAAAUAUAUGCUUACCAGCCUGAAAGCACUAGCUGAAGCCGCGGGUAAGCCGGAAUGGGGUGGAACAGGCCCCACCGAUGCCGGUUACUACAACAGUUGGCCUGAAGCUACGCCGUUUUUCAAGAAAGAUGGUGGAGGUUGGAACAGCCAGUUCGGUGAAUUCUUCCUUUCAUGGUACUCUCGGAUGCUAAUCGAACACGGCGAGCGAAUCCUGUCACCUGCGUGUUGUGUUUUCAAACACACAGGUGUUAAAAUCUCCGUGAAAGUUGCCGGUAUUCAUUGGCACUACGGAACUCGAUCACACGCUCCCGAACUCACGGCAGGGUACUACAACACAAGGUUCCGAGACGGCUAUCUCCCGAUCGCGCAAAUGCUCGCUCGAUACGGUGCCGUUUUCAAUUUCACUUGCAUAGAGAUGCGAGAUCAUGAACAGCCACAAGAUGCCUUAUGUGCACCGGAGAAGCUAGUCCGACAAGUUACUUUAGCUACCAAAGAAGCACAAGUUCAACUUGCCGGGGAGAAUGCAUUGCCCCGGCACGACGAAUCAGCUCACGAGCAAAUCUUACAAGCAUCGUCGUUGAACAUCGACGGAUGCUCGCAUGAUAGGGAGAUGUGUGCAUUUACAUACUUGAGGAUGAAUCCGUCACUCUUUCAACCGGACAAUUGGAGAAGAUUCGUUGCAUUCGUGAAGAAGAUGAAUGAAGGUAAAGACGGUGGGCGGUGUUGGGAGCAGGUGGAGAGGGAAGCCGAACAUUUUGUCAAUGCAACAAAGCCUUUUGUUCAAGAGGCCGCCCUUGCCCUUUUGCACUAAAAAGCAAGGGGAUUCUAGUCCAAUAAGGUUACCUAAUUGCCAUAGAAUUCAAUUUCAAGUCUAAAAAAGUAAGCACGUAAAAUCAUCUGUCAUAUCAAAAACAA